AUGGAGAAGCGCCCGGCCCAAAAUGUUCCAAAUUCUGAUUGGGAAAAGAAAGUAACCGAAUACUUCAAGGAGAAAUUAAAAGAAAAUAAUGCUACUAACUGGGUUCCAUCACUGAAUGAUGUUCCCGUACAUUACCUAAAGCCCAACAGUUUAGUGAAAUUUCGCUGCAUGGUUCAAGAUAUGUUUGAUCCUGAGUUUUACAUGGGAGUAUAUGAAACAGUUGACCCAAACACAAAUGCACGUCCUCAGCAGGAAAUUGAUUUGAACUCCUCACAAACAGUCACCUCAGAGAGACAGACUUUCUACUGCGUUCCAGUGCCUGGCGAAUCAGCAUGGGUGAAAGAAAUAUCUUUUUUGACUGAUGCAAGCCAAGCUCGAGUUAGUCCUUCAACGUCCUACACACCAAGUCGCCACAAGAGAAGCUAUGAGGAAGAUGAGGAUAUGGAUCUGCAUCCAUCUAAACAGAAAGAGCAACAUAUGGGCAGUGGAGGUGAUAUCCAUGGAUGUGUGGAGCCAAAGAGAUUAGAAACGGAGGCUUCUGCAGGUCAUCAUCUCAUUUCUCCCAACUGCUCCCCUCCACUUGACUUAAACUUUCCAUUGCCAGGAGAGAAGGGACCAGCAUGUCUUGUCAAGGUCUAUGAGAGCUGGGAUAGCUUCAAAGUCAAUGAUGUUCUGGAGGUAUACGGUAUUUUGUCUGUGGACCCGGUGCUGAGCAUAGUAAACAAUGAAGACAGGGACAGCUCAGCCCUUGAUCCUAUGGAGUGUAUGGACACAGCAGAAGAACAGAGAGUUCACAGUCCUCCAGCCUCGUUAGUCCCCAGAAUCCAUGUGAUUUUGGCACAGAAAUUACAACACAUUAACCCAUUACUGCCUGCCUGCCUUAAUGAAGAGGAGAGUAAAACCUCUGAUAUCACAAAAAAGUUGAAAUUUGUCAAGAAUGGGGAGAAGAUAUACAGUGAGAAGAGGGAGAGGAAAGCUGAGGGCAGUUAUGCAAGACGAGAUGUGCUUCCUCUGGGAAAAUUCACAGUCAACUUGAGCGGAUGUCCAAGAAAUAGCAUCUUCACAGAGCACAUAUACCGCAUUAUCCAGCAGCUUGUUCCAGCAUCCUAUCGCCUACAAAUGACCAUUGAAAACAUGAACCAUUCACGAUUUAUCCCACACAAAGACUACACAGCUAAUCGCUUAGUCAGUGGAGUAUUGCAGCUUGCCAGCAACACUUCCCUUGUAGUAGAUGAGACGCAGCUUGAGCAAGGACAGCUUGAUGCAACAGGUGUACAUAACGUGACAGCACUGGGUAAUCUGAUAACUUGGCAGAAGGUGGAUUAUGACUUCAACUACCACCAGAUGGAAUUCCCGUGCAAUAUUAAUGUUCUGAUCACUUCAGAGGGCCGAUCACUCCUACCGUCAGAUUGCCAAGUCCACUUACAACCACAGAUAAUUCCACCAAACAUGGAAGAGUAUAUGAACAGCCUCCUGACGGCAGUGCUCCCUUCGGUGUUGAACAAAUUUCGAAUUUAUCUAAGUUUAUUGAGGCUGCUGGACUAUAGUAUAUCUGAUGAAGUGACCAAGGCAGUAGAAGAAGACUUUGUAGAAAUGCGCAAGAAUGACCCCGAGAGCAUAACAGCUGAUGAUCUGCACAGAACUCUGCUUGUAGCGAGGUUCCUGUCUCUCAGCGCGGGGCAGACAACGCUGUCAAGAGAGAGGUGGCUGAGAGCAAAACAGCUGGAGGCAUUACGUAAAGCCAGACUUCAGCAGCAAAAAUGUGUUAAUGGGAAUGAACUUUAA